CAAAUUCAAUAUGGCUCCAACACCUGGGCUGGAAAACGCAAAUCCACUAAUAUUUGAGAAGUUAGAAGACAGGACAUUCACUGGUGAUGAUUAUAAUGAAUUAGUUACAGACGUAAUUGAUUCCAGAGAAGUGUUUGACCUAAUAAGAAAAAUAUAUGAUCCAGAACAUCCACUUACUUUGGAACAGUUGAAUGUUGUGGAAGAAAGUAGAGUCACGGUAAAUGAUGCUGAGAAUGAAGUUGUUAUUGAGUUUACACCUACUAUACCCCACUGUAGUAUGGCUACAUUGAUUGGUUUAGCAAUUCGAGUCAAACUCUUAAGGGCACUUCCUCCAAGAUUCAAGGUGGAUGUAUGUAUUACACCAGGGACUCAUGCAUCAGAAGAUGCAGUAAACAAACAGCUUGCUGAUAAAGAAAGAGUUGCUGCUGCUUUAGAAAACCCAUACCUACUAGAAGUUAUCAACCAGUGUCUUCACUCCAAAAGCUGAUGUGUUCAGUUUGAUAUGUAGAUUUAUAUGAAGCAUUAGUUUUUAGCCAACUGCUCAUAUGUAUGCAUGUAAAUUUGUUUAUUUCAGUAUAAUCUAAAAAUCAUUGGAAACAGAGAAUGUAAAUAAAAAAAAUUAUCUCUUGUGAUUUA